ACAAUUUGCAGGAGCCCCACUCUUCUGCUUACAACAUCAGUGAAACGGUUAACUUCCUAAUUCGGCCACCCCCUCGGCAAGGCUUGCCGCAUCCUGCGCUCGUGACACGGGCCGAACCCUACCAAUCCCAAGCACGUCAUGGCUGAUCCAUUCCAUCCUGCUCUCACCGAUUUUUCUAUCUCCGCUUUGUGCAAAUUAUGUCCGACGAGCCUUGGACCCUUGGUGUUGAACUGCCGAGGUGCUGCCACCUGCCAAGUCUUGUACUCCAAAGUACAGCUACGAGGACUACUACAUGCGGUAGCCGUGCGUUUGGCUGGCGAGUGCCUCUCGAGUAGAACGCGGGGAGACCUUUCUCGGACUAUCGCAAGAAAGGCUUGUGGGCUGACACGGCUAUCGACAUGCUACAGAGCUGGUGUAGCACGCCGGGAAGGCCCAAUGAUGGAGAUGGUAGAAAUACAGCUGCAUAUGGCAACGAAGACAUGCUGAUCAAUAUUGAUUAUGCCUUCAUGUUUUACAUGACGAAAAAGGGUAUCAACAUAGGUAGCUAAGCAGAACCAACACCAACAUCACAACUCUUUACAAUGCAUAACGCCACCGUCAGCAAUACCCAUCUCGACGAGCACCAACGACUUCUCGCGUUGAGUUGGAGCUGGGUACAGCUUCGCCCCUGGACGACAGUACUCAUUCUGCUGCUCACCAACCUCGUCUGGACGAGAUACCGCAGCGGAUUGCGGCAGAUACCGGGCCCCUUUCUGGCGAGCUUCUCCAACUUGUGGAAGCUACGGGCAACAUGGAAUCAGAACAUGCACCGGGAAAACGUGCGGGUGCACGAAGACUAUGGGCCUAUCGUGCGGAUUGGGCCUAACCAUGUCUCGGUGUCAGAUGCUGAGAGCAUGCAGACGAUUUACGGUGUCAAGAAUGUCUUUCCCAAGAGCGGAUUCUACCCCCUAGCAGAAGCAGUCUACAAAGGAAAAUUCCUCCCCACCCUCUUCACCACCACAAGCAACGACUACCACGCCAAGCUCAAACGCGGCUCCGCCCGCGCCUUCUCCAUGGACGUCGUGAUAGGCCUCGAAGAGUACGUAAACAAGUGCAUUUCCGUGCUCCUCCAGCGCGUCCGCGACGUCUCCCACAACGGCAAGAAGCCCCUCGACCCCGUAGCCUGGAUGCAGUACUUCGCCUUCGAUGUCUUAGGUGAGAUCAACUUCUCCAAAGACCUCGGUUUCCUCGAAGCUGGCGCCGACAAAGACGGCAUCAUUGCCGCGAUUGGCCAGAUUCUAGGUUACGUCUCGUUGAUAGGACAAGUGCCGCAGGUGCACAAGUUCCUGCUGGGCAACCCCCUUCUCGCCAAGAUACCCGCCGUGGAGAAGACAAACCAAGUCCUCCAGUUUUCGCUGCAGCAGAUCCAAGAGCGGCAGAAGAACCCCGUGCCGAGGAAGGAUAUCCUCACCCAACUCCUCGACACCCAUCACAACGACCCGUCCGCCUUGUCUUUUGAGGAAAUCGUCGCUAUUACCACGACCAAUGUCAUCGCCGGGUCGGACACCACCGCUGUUUCGUUGUCCUCGGUUAUCUACCAUCUGCACAAGUACCCCGCCGCCAAAGCUAGGCUCAUCGAGGAGAUUGACUCCGUUGCCGCAAAGCUAGACGGUAUCAUCACCUAUGCGGAAGCUAUCAAACUCCCCUACCUUACAGCUGUUAUCAACGAAGCGAUGAGGAUCCACCCCGCCACAGGGUUCAUUCUUGAACGCAUUGUCCCCAAGGGAGGCGUGACACUUCACGGGGUCUACCUCCCCGCCGGGACAGUCGUGGGCGUGAACUCAUGGGUUCUGCACCGAAACAAGGAUAUUUUCGGGGAGGAUGUCCACUCUUUCCGGCCGGAAAGGUGGGUGGACGGGGAUGAGGGGAAGAUUAAGGAGAUGAAGAGGAAUUUGUUUACUUUUGGCUACGGCCCCAGAAGCUGCAUUGGCAAGAAUAUCUCCAUCCUGGAGAUGUGGAAGGUCGUGUUUGAGCUGUACCGCCACUUUGACAUAACUUUGGCCAGUGACAAGGAGUGGACUGUCAACGGGACUUGGUUUACGGCGCAGAGUAAUAUUGAGGCGGUUUUCAAGCCGAGGAAGAAUUAGGGGGUUACUCUUGCGCGCGCAAGUUGUGUGGGACUCAGGAUUCAGUGUGGGCGGCAGUUGGUGUAUGCUUGCGGAAAUAUGACGAC